CCCACUCCGAACCGUUUCGCCCAGCAGAGCCGGCAGGUCCCGGUGCCGCGGCCGCGGUGCUCGCCUCCCUGCUCUUCCCGGGCCGUAGCGGGCUCAGGUUUGCCUUAGCUCCGGUCAGUGCCAUGAUCCGGCAGGAGCUCUCCACAUCCUACCAGGAGCUGAGUGAGGAGUUGGAUCAGGUGGUUGAGAACUCAGAGCAGGCGGACGAGCAGGAAAAGGAGACAGCCAGAGUCCAAGGUGCAGGAAUCUUACCAGCCCUGGACAGCGAGUCCGCCUCCAGCAGCAUCCGCUUCAGCAAGGCCUGCCUGAAGAACGUCUUCUCGGUGCUGCUCAUCUUCAUCUACCUGCUGCUCAUGGCCGUGGCCGUCUUCCUGGUCUACCAGACCAUCACGGACUUCCGUGAGAAACUCAAGCACCCCGUCAUGUCAGUGUCUUACAAGGAGGUGGAUCGCUACGACGCCCCAGGUAUUGCCCUGUACCCUGGGCAGGCUCAGUUGCUCAGCUGUAAGCACCAUUACGAGGUCAUUCCCCCUCUGAGGAGCCCUGGCCAGCCAGGAGACAUGAACUGCAUCACCCAGAAGAUCAACUACACAGACCCUUUCUCCAAUCAGACCGUGAAGUCCGCCCUGGUCGUGCAGGGGCCCCGUGAAGUGAAGAAGCGGGAGCUGGUCUUCCUCCAGUUCCGCCUGAACAAGAGUAGCGAGGACUUCAGCGCCAUCGAUUACCUCCUCUUCUCUUCUUUCCAGGAGUUCCUGCAAAGCCCAGACAGGGUGGGCUUCAUGCAGGCCUGUGAGAGCGCCUAUUCCAGCUGGAAGUUCUCUGGGGGCUUCCGCACGUGGGUCAAGAUGUCCCUGGUGAAGACCAAGGAGGAGGACGGGCGGGAAGCAGUGGAGUUCCGGCAGGAGACGAGCGUGGUUAACUACAAUGACCAGAGGCCAGCUGCCGAAAAAAGUGCUCAGUUGUUUUUUGUGGUCUUCGAGUGGAAAGACCCCUUCAUCCAGAAAGUCCAAGAUAUAAUCACUGCCAAUCCUUGGAACACAAUCGCUCUUCUCUGUGGGGCCUUCUUGGCAUUAUUUAAAGCAGCAGAGUUUGCCAAACUGAGUGUGAAAUGGAUGAUCAAAAUUAGGAAGAGAUACCUUAAAAGAAGAGGUCAGGCAACGAACCACAUAAGCUGAAGUUGCCUGUGUGGUUCACAGAACCGCCUCCGUCGAUGGAAGUCUUCAUCGCUUCCGCUUUGAUGGACCGAGUACCAGCAAUCCUGUACUCACUCGAGGAACCUGCCUGCUGGGAGGGACAGCCUGUCAAACCGCAGCUUCUCACCUGGCACCAAAAGAGGCUGUUUCGAGCCUAACGGAACAGAUCCAACGAAUAACCGAAAAAUUAUUUAAGUAUUUAAAUUAUUAAUGAACAUUUUUGACAUACGACGUAUGAAUGGGGUUUGUGGAAGAUGGAAUUAGAUACAUAUCAAGUUUCCAAAGCUUUGUGAAAGCUGCCUUUCCUCUUAUUUGGUUUGGUGUAUAGUGAAGCUCUAACAGGAUAAUUAAGGGUCUGUUUUUUACCUUAGGUUUUUCCCCUGAGGUUUUUAAAGUCAACGGAAGAGAGUGAUUUUUUCCCCCCAAAUCCUGAUCCUCCGGAUGUGUAGGUCGUGUUGGAAACCUGUGCACUGUACACAAAGGCAAAAGCCCCGUGUCUCUGGCAUCAUCUGCCGUUUACAUUGUCCAGCCUCUGACAAGCUCUCUCAUUUGUAAAAUAUUAAAGGAGUCUUUUUUAAAGCUACUAGGAACUAGUAAGUAGAUUUCUUGUGGACUGACUGGCCACCUACCUGUCUGGCUGGAAUAUUUGUUGACGCAGGUCUAAGAGGUGAGAGUGAUUAACACACAAAAGGACUGGGACAUAUGUACAUAGUAGGUGCCUACUCAGUGUAUUUUGAUGAUUCCAUUAGCUAGUAAAUAAAAGUUAGGUUAAUACAAAAGGAAUCGGUGUGCCAGUCUGAAUAUCUGCUAAAUCACUAGGCACCGGUACGUUUCCAUUCUCUGACUCCAAAUAAAAGGCAGCGUGAGCCUGGGCUCCUGACACAGCUGGAUCUGGACUCCAAGGUAUGUCCUGACUGCGUCCAGGGAAGGGUAGGGUGGGCAUGGCGACUGAUGGCGGAUGAUCAGGAAGAGUCACGGAUCGAGCCCUGUGAACUGUCCUGUAAAACCACCCAUCUGAGAAAGGGGCACUCGUAUGGCCCUAAAAGGCCUCGGCCUCGGCCUAUGACAGAGAUGACUGCCCUCUGGGUAUUUUUCACAUGGCAGCCAUCGGCUGAUUUAAGGUUAUGAAAAUUGUUUCUGUAAUUUUAAAUUAUUUACAUGCCCUUUGCACCCAAAGAGGACUUGGCAGCAUUUUCUGAAUUUCAUAACCUGGCUUUAGGUAAUUCAAAGAGAAAGAUUCAAAUAUAUGAGUAGGGCAUUUUUAUCUCAUGUCUAACUUAGCAGCAAGAAACUUGUGUUUUUUGGUUGAAAUAUUAAAAGUGAACUUGUGUAAAUAAAUAUUCCCUGCUACUUUU